GGUCGGCACCACGCAGCAGAUCCAGAUCACACAUCACAGGACGCGGCGCAUGUAGUGUACUAUAGCCUUCUUUUUGGAGCCUUUCGUCCCUUACCUUGCCUUCAAAGCGAAGAAGACAUCGAAACAAAAGGCGACCAACGGACGCACAUCUCACAGCCAUCAUCACACUCGCACCCCGAAACGCCCCACUAAAACCCCACUUACGCGCGCAAACAAAGCCUAAGCACACGCCACACCAGGAGCCACGCACCUCACGCUCACGGCACACUAUCUCGUGGCGUCGUGGGUGUGGUCGUGUGGCCAAGCCUGCUCGCGCCACUCGACACAGGUGCGCAGCAAUGUGGCAGACGCGCGGCUUGCUACUCGUCGCGGUGGUCGCUGCCGCCGCCGCCCUGCCAGACGGAGCGUGGGCCGCCGCUGCCGGGCGGUGCACGACGUCCACGCCCAUCAAGACGUACGACAAGUGCAUCGCCCUGCCGACGCAGGGCGCCACGCUGGCGUGGACCUACGACGCGCGGAACGCGACGCUGGACGCGGCGUUCACGGGCUCCUUCAUCUCGCCGUCGGGCUGGGUGGCCUGGGGCGUGAACGCGGACGCGCCGGCGAUGACGGGGGCGCGCGUGCUCGCCGCCUUCUCCGACCCGUCCACGGGCGCGCUCCUGGCGCUCCCGUUCGUCCUCUCCCCGGACGUGAAGCUGCAGGCGUCGCCGCUCGUGUCCCGGCCGCUGGACAUCCCGCUGCUGGCGUCCUCGGCGUCGCUCGUCUCCCCCGCGCGCACCGUCCGCGACGGCGCCAGGGUGACCGUGGCGGCCACCAUCCGGCUGUCCCCGAACCGCACCAGGGUCCACUUCGUCUGGAACCGGGGCCUGUACGUGCAGGGCUACUCCCCGACCAUCCACCCCAUGGACGCCUCCGACCUGGCGUCGCACGCCACCGUGGACAUCCUCACCACGGCCACCGAGGCGUCGCCCAUCGCCUCGACGGCGCUGCAGUGGCUGCACGGCGCCCUGAACGCGAUCUCGUGGGGGCUCCUCCUCCCCGUCGGCGCGGCGGUGGCGCGGUACCUGCGGCCGUGCGCGUCCACGGGGCCAGCGUGGUUCUACGCGCACGCGGCAAUGCAGGCGACGGGGUACACCCUGGGCGCCGCCGGCUUCGCGCUGGGCCUGGUGAUGGGCUCCGCGUCGCCCGGCGUCACGUACAAGCUGCACCGCGGGCUGGGCAUCGCGGCGGCCACGGCGGGGAGCCUGCAGACGCUGGCCAUGUUCUUCCGGCCAAAGACCACCAACAGGUACCGCAAGUACUGGAAGUCGUACCACCACCUGGUCGGCUACGGCUGCGUCGUCGUCGGCGUGGUCAACGUCUUCCAGGGCUUCGAGGUCAUGGGGCUCGGCGCAUCCUACUGGAAGCUCGGCUACUGCCUGGCGCUCGCCACGCUGAUGGGCGCCUGCGUCGCGCUGGAGGUGAACGCGUGGGUGGUCUUCUGCCGGAAGCAGCAGGAGGAGAAGCUCAUGAGGAGGGAGGUGGAGGACGUCGUCGUCAAGGACAGGGCAGCCGCCUUCUAGUUGCUUGCCUUGCCGCCUUGCUACCCUCCGGCGAUCCGGCCUCAGCUCCGCUGCCAGGACAUGCUGCAUUGUAUUUGUUGGCCGACGGGGAGCCGGGGCCGGUGGGAGCGAUGUCUCGAGGAUGCGAUCGCAGUGAGGGUGGAUUUACUGGCAAGACGAAGUGGCACGGCGUGCUCUAUUUUGUCGCAUGAUAAGAGUGGUUUUUUUGUUUCAGAUCCUUCUCAGUCAAUAUAUAUACAUACUACAAGUAGAUCGAAAUUCUUGUACAUGUAACAUGAUUGACUUUCACCAGUUUACCCAACGAAAUAUAUAUGGUAAUGCUGUAUUGUUGGAAUAUA